AUGCUUACUUCAAACGUGAUUCUGUUUGAUAACAGCACAAGUGACCGCCUCUCGGUCCUCAGGAGGCUGAUUCACAAUCAUGAUAACCCUCUACUGGAGGCAUUCCUACGUCAGGCUGCCUUGCUCUUAAGAGACGAAGUGUCCCGACAACCCCAGCACAUCCAAGACCUGAUCCCGCGAUUUGCCAAUAUCAUUGAGCUCAUUGAACGCUCCCAUGACCAGAACUAUCCUAUUCUUGAAUAUGCGCUUCUCUGCAUAUAUCAGAUUGGUAGCCUCAUAGUUUAUUUCGGGAAUAGUUCUUGGAUAACGUCAGAAUCCGGAACUCCUCACAUUCUGGGCUUCGGAACGGGCCUCUUAGCAGCGACCGCCGUGGCAGUCUCAGGAGAUGCCACGGAAUUGUCGAAACUUGGACCCUUUGCAGUUGUUCUGGCCCUUAGACUCGGCAUCCACAUUCAACGCAUCGCGGAUUUUUAUAUCCCUAGAGGCGUCGACUCGAAAAGGGGCUAUGGCUCGAUGGUCAUCCGAGGCCUGUCGGAAUCAGAAGUAGGAGCUGUAAUUACACAGGGAGACAUAUCAAAGCUGCCAUCAUCAUCGCGACCCUAUGUGAAGGAGUCGUAUAAAGACGCAACAGUUAUCGCAGGACUACUCGAGACUCUGUUAACUCUAGCCAAGCUUCCCAUCCUGGAAGGCCACGUAACGCUUGUUACGUCGACAACUGGAUCUUUAGGUGCACCACAUCUCUACGGCGCCGAAGAUGUCCAGGAGAUCCUUCAGGGCUGGUGCGGUGAGGAAUACUUUAGAGGGAGGCAUCAGAAGAUGGCCGUAUCCACGCAGGAUAGAACAACAUCUACCAGCAAGGAUGCCUAUGAGUUGCUCACGGAGCACUUAUGGGACGUUCUAGCGAGAAAGGCCGUGUUUUCGGCCCUGUGCACCACAGCCACUGCUGGCCUGCAAGGUCAGGAGCGGAAACUUUUCACCUUUGGACGCAAUCCAGCGCUAGGUGACUUGCUCUCGGCUCUUCAACUAGAGGACUGCAGUGAUAUGCUGCAACCAGAGGCAGAGUCGACUGAUCUGAAGGCCGGAAAAGCUACCAAAAUUGCUAUCGUCGGUUAUUCAGGACGAUUCCCGGGAGCUAAGGAUGCAGAGCUCCUGUGGGAGUUGCUGAGAGAUGGCCGUGACGUCCACCAAGAGGUUCCCAGCGAACGGUUCAAUAUUGACACUCACUUCGACGAAACGGGACGAAAGAAGAACACGAUGCAAACAAGAUACGGCUGUUUUGUCGAGGAGCCAGGGUUGUUUGACCCAAGGUUCUUCAACGUUUCACCAAGAGAGGCAUUCCAAAUGGACCCAGUCCAGAGACUCACGCUACUCACUGCGUAUGAGGCUCUUGAGAUGGCUGGCUGCCUUGCAGGACGGACCCCGUCGACACAGAAUAACAGAAUCGGAACUUUCUAUGGCCAGGCUAGUGAUGACUGGAGAGAAGUCAAUUCAGGUCAAGAUAUCGACACCUAUUUUAUACCUGGUGGUAUACGUGCUUUUACUCCUGGGCGUGUCAACUACCACUUCAAGUUCUCCGGCCCCAGCUAUAGUGUGGAUACGGCAUGCAGCUCGAGCUUUGCGGCGAUCCAGCUUGCGUGCACCGCGCUUGCUAAUGGAGAGUGCGAUACUGCUAUAACAGGUGGUGUAAAUAUCUUGACUAACCCCGACAUUUUCACCGGUCUUAGCCGUGGCUAUUUUCUCUCGCAGACCGGUCAAUGCAAGACAUUUGACAACCAGGCAGACGGCUAUUGCCGUGCUGAUGGAGUCUCAAGUAUUGUUCUCAAGAGGCUGGAAGAUGCAGAAGCGGAUAAUGAUAAUAUAUUCGCCGUUAUCCUGGGCUCGAAGACAAAUCACUCGGCCGAGUCUGCGUCGAUCACACGACCCCAUCAUGGUGCUCAAGCGUUUCUUUGCCGCAGCAUCAUGGGAGAAACAGGCGUCAAUCCGUACGAGGUGGAAUACGUCGAGAUGCAUGGCACGGGGACGCAAGCUGGCGAUUACAAUGAGAUGCUUUCUGUUAGCGAGGUCUUCGCGCCAGAAGACAAGACGCCACGCUCCUCUCCACUGUACGUUGGGGCUGUCAAAGCGAAUAUUGGUCACGGAGAAGCUGCCGCUGGUGCCAUGUCGUUAAUCAAAGUCCUCAAAAUGCUGGAACAUAAUGCUAUUCCGCCGCAUGUUGGCAUCAAAAGUGGCAUCAUCAAUCAGAAAUUCUCGAAGAAUCUCACGGCGAGAAACCUUCAUAUUCCCAUGGAGUUGAUGCAUUGGCCUCCGCAUGUGGACGGCUCGCCUCGCCUGGUGUUCCUGAAUAACUUCUCCGCUGCGGGUGGUAAUACUGCAAUGUUACUGCAGGAAGGCCCACGGAAACGGCCUCCGUCGACAAACGAUCCUAGAUCGCAUAUGGUGGUUUCUGUCUCUGCACGGUCAUCGAGCGCCCUUAAGAACAACAUCAGAAAUCUGGCGGCCUACAUCGCUGCCAAUCCGUCAACUUCCUUGGCAGAUCUGUCGUAUACGACCAUGGCUCGGCGUAUGAUGCACAACUACCGAUUUGCUUGCUCCGCUCAAGACACGGCAGCAGUUCAGAAAGCAUUGGAAACUGCAUCUGAACAGGAUUUCCGCCCUGUCCAGCCUCAAAAACUGGCUUUUGUAUUCACUGGGCAAGGGGCGAUAUAUUGUUCACUUGCACGGACCUUGUUUGAGACUUCGUCGCAAUUCCGAUCCACGAUUCUGAUGUGUGAGAAGUUUGCUACGAGACAGGGCUUCGCCUCCUUCAUGCUUGUCAUUGAUGGGUCGGAGUCCGACCUGACCGCAUUAAGGCCUGUCACCGUGCAACUUGCAACGGUUUGCGUGCAAAUGGCAUUGGUAGAGCUGUUGGAAUCGUGGGGAAUCGAAGCGUCGGCAGUGAUUGGCCAUAGCAUCGGAGAGUACGCUGCUCUGUAUGCUGCAGGUGUUCUCUCCGCGAGUGACGUGAUCCACGUCGUUGGCCGUAGAGCGGAGCUCAUGGAGAAGCUCUGUACAGCAGGGAGUCAUGCAAUGCUUGCCGUCAAGGGUUCGACAUCAUCUUUGGCCCAGUACCUGGCCGGAACUGACGUUGAUAUUGCCUGUGAGAAUAGCCCAGAAGAGACUGUGCUGGCUGGACCGCAGAAAUCGAUUGAGAGCCUGGCGGAGACAUUGUCCGCCAGAGGACUACAAUCCAAGAAGCUUGAAGUCACACAUGCCUUCCACUCCUCUCAAAUGGAUCCGAUCCUUAGCGAAUUGAACAGCGCAGCCAGCUCAGUAACGUUUUCGUCGCCAAAGAUUCCGAUCAUUUCUUCACUUAUGGGGCGGGUUUUGGACCCUAGCGAGCUCAACCCUGAGUAUCUGGUCCGUCAUACCAGGGAAAGAGUUAAUUUCUCGGCGGCAGUUGCAGAUGCCAGGGAAAAGAAGAUCAUUGAUUAUCGGACCAUUUGGAUAGAGGUUGGCAGUCAUCCCAUCUGCGUGCGUAUGCUUAAAUCUAUACUCGGUACAGAAACGGUUGGCCUUCCCUCCCUGCGCAAGUCUGAAGAUCCGUGGACCACGCUUUCGUCCAGUCUGGCAACGCUCUACAACCAGGGCCUGUCGAUCAACUGGAAUGAGUACCAUAGAGACUUUGACGACUCACAUAGACUUCUCACUCUUCCUUCGUACGCUUUUGAUCUCAAAAACUACUGGAUCGAGUACCGGAACGACUGGUGUCUCACCAAAGGAGAGCCAGUAAUAUCAUCGACCGACAAACAGCCUUCUCCAAAUCUGUCUGCGCCGAAGAAACACUUUACUCUUACCGUUCAAGAGAUAUUAGAGGAGAGGAUCGAAGAUGACGCUAUAACGCUAUUGGCACAGUCAGAUAUUUCUCAUCCAAAGCUGAGAAACCUGAUCCUCGGCCAUGUUGUCAAUGGAGCCGGGCUCUGUCCUUCUGUGGUUUACGCUGAGAUGGCUUUGACUAUUGGAAGUUACCUGUACAAAAAGAGCGGUGAUGGCGCUGCACCGGCUGGAAUGAAUGUUUGCUCCAUGGAAGUCGACAAGCCGUUGAUCCUGAAUACAGACCCGAGCAAGGCCCAGCUAAUCAGAGUUGGAGCUACUCUCAGCGACGGCUCCGUCAAGUUCAAGUUCUUCAGCGUCGAUGAAAAAGGUAAAAAGACAGUUGACCACGCCGUGUGUCAGGUGAAGUAUGGCAAUCCACAAAAAUGGCUUGCCAAAUGGAACAAAAAUUCCUAUAUGGUCCACGAUCAAAUAAAACGACUGGACGCGGCGGUGGGCAACGCGAACACCCACAGGGUGGGCCGGGGAAUGGCGUACAAGCUCUUUUCGGCUCUGGUCAAUUAUGACGAGAGCUACCGUGGCAUGGAUGAAGUGAUCCUGGAUGCGAGCGCAUUUGAUGCUACUGCCAAAGUCACCUUCAAAUCCGCCGAGAGCGACCGAGACUAUUAUAUGGAUCCUCGCUGGAUAGACAACUUGUGCCAUAUCUCCGGAUUCAUUGUCAACGCAAGUGAAGCGACUCAAUCGGAUGAGCAAGUUUACAUCUCCCACGGUUGGGAAUCGCUCCGUUUCGGAGCCGCCAUCUCGCAUGGCAAAACCUAUCGAUGCUAUGCGCGAAUGCUGCUUUCUGGGAAUAGCGCUGUGAGACAAGGAGACGUCUACAUUCUUGAUGAUGAUACCGUUGUCGGACUGGCUGGUGGUGUCAAAUUUCAGUGUGUACCACGCAAGCUUCUCAAUCACCUGCUACCUCCGGUGAGCAAACCAUCCAAAGCAGCCGCUCCGCAGACAAAGGUGAAUAUCACUGCGUCUGCACAGAAACGCACUCUCCAGUCCGCGGCCCCUGCACGUGCAAAGUCGAGCAAGCCCGGGACGGAGUCACUCAUCACGUCCCAAAAGACGCCUGCUCUGACAGCUGUACCUUUGGUAAAGCUUUCAAGUGUGAAAGCGCUAGAGAUUAUUGCAACCGAGUGUAAUUUGGAGUUGGAAGAGCUGACCGAUAGUUCUGCUUUCGAGGAUCUGGGUAUAGACUCUUUGCUGUCGUUGACAAUUCUCGCGAGGCUCAGGGAGGAACUUGAUAUCGAGGUCGAGGCGUCCUUUUUCGUCGACAAUCCCACGGCCGGUCACCUGAAGAGUUUUUUUGGUUCAUCAUCUCCCAAGGAAGUGCCGGAAGAUCGGUUUGAUACCGGUUACAACAGCGCCUCUGGCUUCGUGACACCAUCCCGAGAUUCUUCGACCGAUCAUGACAGUGCAGAGCACGACAUCAUCACGCCCGUCAAUAGCAACAAUAACCUCUCCACUAUUGUCCGGACGCUCAUCGCCGAGGAGGUGGGAGUUGAUCUGGAAGAAAUAACAGACAACGCGGACCUUGCUGGUAUGGGGAUGGAUUCAUUGAUGACCCUUUCAAUCACUGCUGGAAUACGGGAACAAACAGAGCUCAAUGUCCCAGACGAUAUCUUGAUCCAGUGUACAACCGUCUCCCAACUGGAGCAGGCACUGCUUAUCAAUCAGCCUCCUACGAAAACAACGAGCCCUACUAUGCCUCAAUCAAUGUCUGCGACUGACUCUCAAAAGCAACCACCUCGGGCGUUAUCGUUCCUUAUUCAAGGAAAUCCCCGGACUGCCCGUGAAACAGUCUUCUUCUUUCCCGACGGCUCCGGCUCAGCCACAUCGUAUGCACCCAUUCCGGCUAUUGGCGAGGACGUCUGCGUUUACUCCCUCAACUGCCCCUUCAUGAAGACGCCGGAAGAUUUUAAUUGCGGUAUUGAUGGAGUGGCCUCCAUAUAUCUUGAAGAAGUGAAGCGGCGGCAGCCAAAGGGUCCCUAUAACUUGGGCGGCUGGUCCGCUGGCGGCGUCAUGGCUUACGAAGCUGCAGUCCAGCUACAAGCACGAGGCGAGACGGUUUCCAGGCUCAUCCUGAUUGAUGCACCUUGCCCAGUGAAGCUUGAACCCGUUCCAUCUAAACUAUUCCGCUUUUUUGAUUCAAUGGGGGUGCUCGGUGAUCGGAGUAAGAGAGCGUCUCCGCCAUAUCUCAUUCCGCACUUUGAGGCCAUGAUCCGUAAUCUGGAUACAUAUAUCGCCCGCCCUUUUCCACGAGGUACGGAACCGAAAGUCCUCGCCAUCUGGGCUCGAGACGGCGUCUGCAAAAACCCCGAGGAUCCACAACCCAAGCGGGAGCCGAAUGACCCCAAGGUGAUGAACUGGUUGUUGAAUAAUCGUACGGACUUUGGCCCGAACGGCUGGGACCAAUUAUUAGCCAAGGAGAGUUUCACCUGCGUUUCCAUGCAAGGAAAUCAUUUUUCCAUGAUUGUCGACCCACUGGUGAAGGAGCUUGGAAGGCUCAUUAGGCAGAAUUUCUGA